AUGUCGACCCCACCACAGCCCCCGUGGUUGAAGGCUAACAGGCCAACGUGGCAGAGGAGAAGCCGCUCGCGCAGCCGCUCGCCCGCCCGUCGUAACCGCUACGACGACAGCCGCUCCCGCUCCCGCGACAGGUACCACAGCCGUCGCUCUCGCUCGCCAGUCAACGGCAAGUACGAUUCCUACGGAGAUCGCAGCCGCGCGCCACCAGUCCGCUCCUUCGAAGACCGCGCACAGCAGAAGGCCGAGAUGAUGUCUAAUAUCCGCGAGUCCUCUCAGCAAGAGCGCCGUGUCUACGUCGGCAACCUCCCGUACGACGUCAAAAUUGUUGAGUACGCAACUAGAGAGCAGGCACAGGCCGCGAUCAACACCCUCUCGAACAGGCCCCUCGCCGGGCGCCUCGUCUACGUGCGCGAAGACCGCGAGACGGAGCCACGGUUCCAGUCCGGCCCACCGCGCGGCGGCGGAUUCGACGGCGGAUACGGAGGUCGUGGAGGCUUCCGCGGCGGAUACGGCGGAGGCAUGGGAGGCGGAAUGGGGGGCGGUGGACGUCAGAUCUACGUCUCCAACCUUCCAUACACUGUCGGCUGGCAGGAUCUCAAGGACCUCUUCCGCCAAGCUGUUCAAGUCGGCUCCGUCAUUCGUGCAGACGUCCACAUCGGCCCCGACGGCCACCCCAAGGGCUCCGGCAUCGUCGCCUUCGACAACCCAGACGACGCUCAGAACGCGAUCGCUCACUUCAACGGCUAUGACUGGCAGGGUAGAGUCCUCGAAGUUCGCGAAGACCGCUACGCCGGGGCAGGAGCCGGACCAGGCUAUGGUGGUGGUCGCGGUGGAUUCGGCGGUGGCAUGCCGUUCCGUGGCGGCUACGGAGGUGGAGGCUACGGAGCCCGUGGAGGUUUCGGCGGCGGCUUCGGAGGUCGCGGCGGAUUCGGAGGAAGCUAUGGCGGUGGUCGCGGCGGAUACCAGGGAGGUGGCGGAUUUGGCGGUGGAUACGGAGGUGGUGCAGGCGGUGGUGGCUACAGCGCCCCUGCCCCAGCCCCUGCUGCUCAGCCGAACCCCUUCACCGACUUCGCGACGUCCGGCACUGAGAUGAGCCCAACCAUCUACGUCCGCAACUUGCCAUGGUCCACCAGCAACGAGGACCUGGUCGAGCUCUUCACCACGAUCGCCAAAGUCGAGCGCGCCGAGAUCCAGUACGAACCGAACGGUCGCUCUCGCGGCACCGGCGUCGUUGAGUUCGCCAACCAGGAGGACGCUGAGACUGCCAUUGCGAAGUUCCAGGGCUACACCUACGGCGGGCGUCCUCUCGGACUCUCCUACGUCAAGUACCUCAACCAGGGUGGUGACAACAUGGAGGGCCAGGAGGCGACUGGAGGCAUGCAAGACCAGAUCAUGUAA